AUGAGUGGGAUAAAGAAUGAACCAGAACAAUUGGAAGAUGAAAUAAUAUUACCAAAACUUGAAUUUGAUAUAAUAGAAGCUGAUGAUGAUGUGGAGGAUGAUAAGAUGGAAGAUGAAGAAUCCCAAGAUUUCGAUUUCCCAUUGUUUUCCAUGAGUAAACCAAGUGAACCAGUGGAAGAUGAAGAAGAUAGAGGUAGAUCCAUCACUAAGAGUAAUACAAUGAGAAUCACAUUAAGAUCACCUUCACCUGAAAUCAUAAAUCAAGAAAGACCAGAAUCAUAUUAUUUUGCUAAUUAUACCAAUGAUGAACUAUUACAAUUCCAACAAUCAGCUAUAACAGGAGAUGAUGUAUGGUCAAUGAGUAACAUUCAAUAUAACAUACCAGGUAAAUUGAUUAAUUUAGAUGAAUUUAAUACCCAAAUUCAAAAAGAAAUAGAACAAACCAAAACUAAAAGACCUGGUAAAAAGAAGAGAAUUGCCUCGAUAAAAGGUAAAGAACAUCGUAAAGAAGUAUUAAAAUUAGAAAAAAUUCAAAAAGCUAAAGAAAAGGCUAAAUUAAUGAAGAAAAUUCAUCAUAAGAGAGGUGGUAAAAAGAAUAAAAAAAAGGCAGCACCACAACCACAACAACAAAAUAAACCAAAACCAAAAUAUAGAACGGAGUAA